UUAUUUUAUUUAUUUAAUUUAUUUAUUUUUUUACUUUUUAUAAUUAAUAUUUACACUCUGAAACAGUUCCCACACAUUGCAAUAAUGUUGAUGAAUUUCCCUAAUUUCAUCCUCUAUUUCACAAUCUGCACUCUAAUUUCUCUGUUCCAUUCAACAGGUCAUUGCCUAAAUGACCAAAUUCCACACCCAAAUCUACAAGAACACCACAAGAACACUGACAAUAAUCGGACCGCCGAUCCCAGCCCGAGCCCGAGGCCGUGGACGGGAGCGCGCUUAUCGCAACAUCGCCAUUUACGAACCGUGAGACUUGUCCUAGUCCACGGGACUCUAAACAUCGUCGGUUGGGGCGUUCUCACGCCUGUCGGGAUCCUUUCCGCAAGAUACUUGAGGAAGGUUUCUGACGAGUGGUAUUCCGUUCACGUCGUCUCGCAUUUCUCUGGUUUCCUUUUGGGCGCGCUAGGAUGGGGCCUCGGGAUUUCGAUCAAGAACGCGGCGGGAGAGCACGCAAUGAGCGCGCAUGGGGUCGUCGGGACUAUAAUUUUCGCAUUCGCCGCGAUUCAGGUGUUGGCUGUGUGUUUGCAGCUGGAUGAAGAACACGGGUUGAACCGUUGCUGGGUGAUUUAUCAUUACGUCGCCGGGUAUGCGCUGAUCGUCGUUAUCGUCGCGAAUAUUUUCGAAGGGAUACACAGCAUUCAGAUGACCUCAGGCAGCAAAUGGCAAUGGAUUUAUGGCUGUGUUUUGGGAGUUCUUGGUUUGAGUACACUUGCUCUUGAAGUGCUUAAAUGGCUACAUUAGAAAUAUUUACGAGUCGAACUGAGUUGAGCUUUUAAUUUUUCAAAAUCAAUUUAUUUUAAAUUUUAU